ACCCUCAAAAAAAGCAAAAAGAAGACUAGAAAGAGUAGUUGUAGUUAUGUUUGGUGUUGUGUUGUGAAAGACACAACUUGCACACACAUUUCUUCUCAUACUUUGCAGAAACAACAAGCGAAGAAGAGCGAGAGAGAAAGAGAGACACACUCUCUCUCUCUACUUCACUCUCACUCUCUUUCAACCCUAAAACCAUUUCCUUCUCUUCUUCUUCUUCUUCUUCUUCUAAUUUCCCUUUUUUUCAUUUCUGCAUACAACAAACAAGACCAGGUUAAUCUACAAUGGACUCGCGCACACAGUAUAAUCCUCGCACCGUCGAAGAAGUUUUCAGAGAUUUCAAAGGUCGUCGUGCUGGUCUCAUCAAAGCUCUCACCACUGAUGUCGAAGAUUUCUAUAACCAAUGCGAUCCUGAGAAGGAGAAUCUAUGCCUGUACGGCUUUCCUAGUGAGCAGUGGGAAGUUAAUUUACCUGCUGAAGAGGUUCCACCUGAGCUUCCUGAGCCUGUGCUCGGCAUUAACUUUGCUAGGGAUGGCAUGCAAGAUAAAGAUUGGCUAUCUUUGGUUGCUGUUCAUAGUGAUUCAUGGCUAAUUGCUAUUGCCUACUACUUUGGAGCCAGAUUUGGUUUUGACAAAUCUGACAGGAAACGCCUUUUCAAUAUGAUCAAUGAACUGCCGUCAAUAUUUGAAGUUGUUACUGGUGCUGCAAAGAAACAAGUUAAGGAGAAGUCUUCAGGUUUAAACCACAGUGGCAGCAAAUCCAAGUCCAACUCGAAAGCGCGAGCUCCAGAGCCCCAGGUGAAGCAGGCGAAGGCAUUGGAACCUAAAGAUGAGGAAGAAGAACUGGAGGAGGAAGAUGAAGAUGAACACGGAGAUACUUUAUGCGGUGCAUGUGGUGAGAAUUACGGCACUGAUGAAUUCUGGAUUUGCUGUGACAUAUGUGAGAAGUGGUUCCAUGGAAAAUGUGUGAAGAUCACACCUGCUAGGGCUGAGCAUAUCAAGCAAUACAAGUGUCCAUCAUGCAGUAACAACAAGAGAGCUCGCCCUUGAUGACAUAAUGAGCACAAGGUUUCAAUCAUUUACUGAUCAUGUUGUUGUUCCGUUGUUCGUUCUAGAUGUUUAAGUUAAUGGAUAGUUUCUGUUUGGCACAUUGUAGGUGUUUAUUUUCUAGUCCGUUAUAGAAUUGUGCUGUUGUCAACUGCAAUUUAGUUGAUGACUUGUGUUUGUUCAAUCUGUAGUUUAUUGUUAUGAAUUGCUAACUUUUGAAAGUUAAAAUAUUAUUUUCCUUAAUGUUAUGAGGAAAACUAGGAUAAUGAAACAGAAAUUUAUUUAAAA